AUGUUCAGCAGUCGACCGUUGACCAAGCGACCCCGAGCUGCAAUCGCUUGCAACCGUUGUAGACAGGCCAAAGCCAAGGUAACGACCAGUUUUCGGUUCGAAUUACUAUCAAGGCUGACUAGAUCUCUAUACAAGUGCGACAGCGAAAGACCCCAAUGCGGGCGAUGUGCCAAGGAGGAGUCGGAAUGCGUCUACUCUAAUGAUGGUCGCCGGAAAAGGCAAGCUCAUCAGAGGCAAGUGAGAGAAUACGCACUAUUAGCUGAAUCUGAUCUUAGUGUGCGGGUUAGAGACAUCGAGGUGAAAUUGGCAUCCGUGUGCGGAUCGGUUGAAACAGUGCCGGACACAUUCGGUCUGGGUUCCGAACCAAUUCCUAUCCCAUGGGCUAAUGACAACGAAAAUUCAUCGGUCAAUUCGAGCAUUGGGCCCUAUGUGUCCAGCUUCUCUCAAGCCACUCCGUCUUACACCGAGUCAUUUCCCGAUGUUCGAGCCACGGGGCUUUUUGAUCACCCAUCAACUACCGAUAUGGGCUACUUUGGUUCGAGCUCGAAUCACGCACUUUUCCGGUCGAUAACCGCAGAGAUUAUAAACAUUGGUUACAACCAUGCGCAGCAUUCCUUCGAGCCUUUCGGUCGGUGUCAGGGACUGAUCUCUGGGAACCGUGUCCCCGGUCAAAUAUCUACAGAUAUCACAUCCACUGAAACGGGAUACCCGGAGCGCCGUGUUGCCCUUGAGCUGAUCUCCCGUUUCUCAGACUCCACUGGCGCGGUUCUUCCCUUCGCUACUGAAUCUGCCCUCGUUAUAGAGGCGUGCAAGAUUAGUGCAGACGCAGAGUUGGCCCCUGGAGUUCGGGCAUUGCUCGAUAUUGUAUUUGCCCAUGCAUUAGUUUCAGCGGACGAAAACGCAGCAAAUGCAUUGUACCUCAGGGCUUUUCAUAUACUCGAGAUUCAGUCACAACACUUACCUAGCCUAGAGUCCCUCCGGGCGUGCCUGUUGCUAGUCAGCUUUCAGCAAAAUACCAGGCGAGCAAUAUCAAGUUGGUCGCCUCACUGUCUUGCUGUUAAGAUGGCUUAUGAGCUGGGUGUUCAUGCCCCUUUUACCUACAAGGGCUUAAAUAGCCAAGAUAAAGAUGCUCGCCUCAACCUUUGGUUGGGAGUGGUUACCCAAGACAGAAUUUUAAGCUCAGCACUUGGUAGACCAAGUCUAAUACCAUCUCAUCACGUUAAAUUGGAUGUGUCGAGAUAUCUUGAUUCUGAUCGUAAAGCCGAACAACCAAUCCCUAUGUCUCUUAAGGAAAGUUACUUCAGGCAUUUAACAAACCUUCAUCGGAUCACUGGGCAGGCGAUAGAUGAUAUUUAUGACCACAACAUGGGAAUAUCCGACCACAUGAGCUUUGAUGAUUUAGUGGCGAAGACAGUAGACCUCUCGAGAAAGUUAGAUCAAUGGCGUGUCAACUCAUCUCCGUUCGAAAUCUGCCAGCACAAUCUCAAAUCUUCAAUCCCUUUGAUAGGAACGUCGAGAGCAGAAGGGUUCGAAAACCUACUCUCCAUCCACUACUACCGAACGGUAUUGUUAGCCAACGGGCAGCUGCUUCUGCGAAUACUGCAAGAGAGCACUUCGAUCCGUCUUGGCGACAUGGAUAUUUCCCACCAGAUCGCGAUAGCUCCCCUGCAACGUGAUUAUACGGCAGCCAAGGAGCUUUCGUGGGUGCUUUCAAUUAUUUCCACCUCUAAUUCUGGAUUUUUCGAAUCAAAUGCUACCUGGUGGGUUUGUAACUAUGGUGUGCUCACUCUCUGUCUUCAUCUUAUGGGGGUCUGGAUACUUUCGCUCAGCAACCCCGCAUACUUUGGACUACUGAGAAUCAAUCCGUCGGAAGUGCAGACUCUGCUCAAAGAAGCAGUCGAUACAUUGAAAGUGAUUGGGGGAGAAAGCCUCAUGAGUCGCAAGGCCCACCAUUGCAUACGACAGUAUAUUGAGUUCCUGGCCUCUUCUGAACAAAGGAUGGAAUCAAAUGACCUUGUAGGAAUGGACCAAGCGGUGCCGUGGGCGGCGCAUACUAAUGUGGCUCUAGACAAUGAACCUAACUUGGGAGAUUUUCUCCAUUCGCUGGACUCAGAGGAUGCUCUACUGGGUGGUGGUAGUAGCUAUGGCGAGCCCAAGUCUGAGGAACCAUCUCUGCCGAAGAAGAUGCUGGAGUCGGCAGCAACUACACUGGCCUCCAUUGUAGUUCUCGCUCUCGGGUUCGCAGGUGCUGCUUACAUCUAUCACAGAAGCUACAAGUGGCUAGUUCUGCGAAAGAUGACACGGGCAUUCGAGCCUGGCGACCCAGUGUUGGAGCUGGCCGCCAUUGGCAAAGAUGUCCCGCACAAGAAAGGCGGAGAGGCAGAUUACUGGGUAUUGCGUCCGGAGCAAGACCGCGUCAACAGAAUCGUCAGCGGGGAAGAAAAGGGACACUACUUUCUACUCGUGGGGGAGAAGGGCACUGGAAAGAGCAGCAUGCUCAUUGAGGCAAUGCGCCAGAUCGAUGGUGAUGCCGUUUCCAUGUUUGAGGCGCACCCGGAUACUGAGAUCUUCCGACAACGGCUGGGAAAGGCCCUGGACUAUGAGUUCCAUGAGGAUUAUAUCGGAGGCUAUUUCAGUGAGCGGGGGCCUCGCGAAUCCACCGCGCUUCUUGACAUCGAACGGGCGCUGAACAAACUGGAAAAGGUGGCCAUGAAGAUGAGAUCCGACCGCGGCAAGCCGCUCAUUGUCAUUGUGAAUCAGAUGCACUUGCUCCGAAAUGUCGAGGAAGGCCGUGACCUGAUUGAGCUUCUCCAGCAACGCGCCGAACAGUGGGCCGCGGCUGAUCUCGUUACCAUGAUUUUCAACUCCGAUGAUUUCUGGGUUUAUGAACGUUUGAAGCAGCUGGCAACUCGGAUGGAGGUUAUCCCGAUACAUGAUUUACCCAGGAAGCAGGCGGUAGAAGCCUUGAAGAACUACCGUCUACGUUACCGUGGAGAGCGUCUUUCGGACAGCAUGCUCGAACAGAUCUACGCCAAGGUUGGUGGCAGAGUCAGCUUUUUGAAUAGAGUAGCCAAAAGCGACGACAUGCUUGCCAAGUGUGAGUCGAUCAAAAAUACCGAGAAGAGGUGGUUCCUAAACCAAUGCUGGAUCCUCGGAGCCGAGAUGGAUGACGACGUGAUGGAUCAGCAGAAGUGGGCAGCUGCUGCUAUGACCUUGGCCCUGGCCUUGGUGGACAAGGAAAAGGAGAUGGACCAGACUUACAGCCCAGAGGAGGGCCAUAUUCUGCCGUCCUACCCAUUCCAUAUCGCGCAGCAAAUCAUGACCCGAUGUGACUUUAUUCGCGAGAUGGACAGCCUGAAUCUCCUGACAAUUACUCAUCAUGCCGACGUCAGAGCCAGCAGCGUCCCCAUGCAGCAUGCGUUUAAAGAAAUCUGCUCCCAACCGGACUUCCGAGAGUUCUUGGAGGCAACGAUGAACAGAAUCGCCGACAUCGAGAGCUUGGGCCGAACCCGAGAACUGGUUGCCAAAGAUCUUGUUCUUGGGGGCCAGUAUGAGAUCGAACACAACCGCAAGUCGGUUACUGUCAAGUUGGUUCAAAAGGAGGAAGAGGAGGACUAA